AUGACCGCUAUACUUGAUAGAGGCGCACCAAGACCCGAAGAGCUCGGUGACGCAGCGAGUCUUUUGAGACAGCCUCAGACCAUCAUCUGGCUCAAGACCUCUGACCAGUCGUUCGCCAUCCACAAGUCCCUCCUGGUCGAGUCAUCCAAGUACUUCCAGCGCUGCCUCGACGGCCCCUUUGCCGAGUCGGCGACCAACACGAUCGACCUCAACGACGACGACGGCGACGACGACGACGACGACCCGGACGACGGCGGCGGGCCGGGCGCGAGCGUCAGCCCGCUCACCCUGGGCACCUACGUCAAGCUGUGCUACUUCACCCGACUCACCGCCCAGCGCGUCCGGCGCUCGCGCCGCAACGCCGCCGACCACACCGAGGACUCGUACGAGGUCUCCCCCUUCACCCUGAAGCCCUGCGACAUGCACACGCCGCACUGCCUCGUCGAGCUCGUCGACAUGUGGUCGCUGUGCGACCGCUUCCACGACGACCUGCUGCUGGGCAAGGUCUCGACCGCCAUCCGGGAGACGCUCGACGUCGGCGCCGGGAGGCUGGGCGACGCGCAGUGCGCCGAGUGGUGGGUCUUCAACUUCGCCAACGGCCACGCCGCGCUCGAGGGCCUCCACCGCCGGGAGGACGACGGCGUCGACGGCCUGCUGCAGAGGCUGAGGGACCUGUUCGUGCAGAACUGCCCGCCGGCGUCGUGGGAACGCCUGGCGUGCCAGCUGCCGAGCGGCUUCGUCGUCGCCAUCUCCAUCGCGUUCCAGAAGAAGAUGGCGGCGCUGGUGGCCAACGAGGCGGCCAUCGCGAGGGUCAACGGCGCGAGCCUGUGUUACGAGUGCAAGACCAGGGUCCAGACCGCCUUGAAGCGAUGA